GAAGAGAUCGACGACCUCUUACCAAGAAUCCAACUCUCAGCGAGGUACGCAGACGCUGGGUCUUCUAGUGUUGCUGAAUGGAUUAGCAGACAUUUUUGUGGCCUUUUUUUGUAAUCAAAACCUUUUCAUGUUAUUUUUAUUUAAAUUUGACUUGUAGUUACUCUUUAGCAGACGAUCAAACAUCCACUGGCGUAGUGAUAUCAAAGGAAAACAGUCCACUAUCCACAUCUCUUUGCAAGCUGUAAUAAUUUCAAACUAAAAGUUUUAUGUCUUUCUCAACUGUUAAAUUUAAUUUUGUAGUAUGCAAAGACGAUUGGUUCUCGCUGACAGUUCAGUUCUGUCCUUACAACAAGACGCUUACCUCGCUGGGAUUUCGAUUCUGGGUAGGAGAUCCUAUCUUGCUACACCGCAGUCCAGUCAUACAAGUUCGAGCAGUAACGAAGGUCUGUGCUCCCAAUGACAUACAGGCCAAGGAUUGGAAGAACGGCUUUGAGAUAAUAAAAAAAGUAAUGCUUGCUGACCAGAGAAUUGUUGAGAGAAAUACCACCCAAGAACGAAUUAGUCUGUAACAGAGUGAGCAUCACAAAAGCAGAUACAUAUGCUUGAAAUGACUGUAUGCUUUAUUUUUCGCUUUCACACUCGAUCGCUAACACAACAGAAAAAAAAACUGUAAUUCUGCAGACGCAAAGUGAUCCUCUAAUAAGUUCGUCUGCAAGUUUUCUGAAAAGUUUAGCGCAAAUUGUUUGAUGCGAAGUUACAAUCGAACUUGUUGAUGACACAAAGCGCCGAUGCUAUCUGAAAAUAAUAAAAUGCCUGCAGCGUUUUCCCGCGUUUCCGAGGGAGAGCAUCCCAGUGGCUGCUAUUUUAGGUGAGACCGUGCGCCCCAGCGGAGACUGGCGAGGAAGCGCUUGUGUGUGCCUCUGUGCCCAAUGGUCGAGAAGAAAUACCAUUCCACGUCUUCCGCUCGCAAGCCGUAACACGACACUCCCCGUCUGCCUGCCCUCGCUAAAGUUCCAGCGUGGCAGUAGUGGGAUGCUUCGAGGUAGUCCUGCUUCUUAUUCUAGUGACACACGCUUCGGAUGAACUGCUGUAAAAAUGAAGGCUGUAAUCUGGACACAGUUUAUUCUACUUUUGUGCGAAGUUGUUGUCUGCAAUUCUCAGGUUGAGACAGCCAAGGUGACUAAGAAAGCAGUUUUUGACGUGACCAUUGGUGGCAAGAAUGCAGGAACCAUUGUCAUUGGACUGUUUGGUGAAGUUGUGCCCAGGACUGUCGAGAACUUUGUUCAGCUGACUUUAGGCCAGAAUGGUUAUGGAUACAAGGGAACUAAAUUCCAUCGUGUUAUUAACGACUUUAUGAUCCAAGGUGGUGAUGCGGACAAAGGGGAUGGAACUGGCUCUCGUAGCAUUUACGCCACUUUUGAAGAUGAAAACUUUUCAUUGAGGCAUUAUGGAUCUGGCUGGGUCAGCAUGGCAAACAGAGGACCAGACACCAAUGGUUGUCAAUUUUUCAUCACCCUGAGGUCGACAGAUUGGCUGGAUGGUGUCCAUGUUGUUUUUGGCAAAAUUCUUGAGGGAAUGGAUGUUGUGCGGAAGAUUGCUAGUGUCUCCACAAGCAGUGUAGAUGCUCCGCUACAGGAUGUGGUUAUCUCAGAUAGCAGAGUAGAGGAUACUGCUCCAUUUGAUGUAGAGCUGAAAGGAGUAGACAACCCAGAUGACUUUGACGAUGAAGAUGAGGAAGGCGAAGAGUAAAUAGUGCCUUUUAUGCAAUGGCUUAACUAAAGCCAAAGUCUCAGAGAAAGACAAAUGUUUCUUUGGACAUUAGUCCCAUGGAAAAUUAUUACAAGAUUGUUAGUUUUAUAAAGGAAAUUCUACUUCAUCAGUAUUUUUAGUACUUACAUCAGUCUUCUUGCAUUAUAUUUUAUGUGGAGUUAAUGCACAUUUUAAUUCAUAAGAAAUCAAAUGUGAUUGCAGCUUGUACAAACACAGUGGUGGCAUUCAGACCUGUAAGAUGUGCUUAUGAAAAUUUGUAAGAUAAAGAUUUGCAAAUUGUUGCUGUUAUUGUGUUAAUCUCUCACAGCUGUCAUCAGUUUUUCUAUUGCUGGUGUUAAAAAUUGAAACAGCAUUCUCAGAUUGAGCUACAUUAUAUAAAGCAGAAGAAAAAUUGGUGUAUUUCAGAGAAAUACCAAUCUGAAAACAUAAUAUGAUUUAUUAAUGAAAAAUAUUUCUCAACUUAGUUAUUGCAUUGCUUAUGGUCACAAAAAAAACUUGCAAGGGGAAGAAGGUGAUUAUGGCUUUUUUUAAAUCCAAGACAGUAUUUAUCAAUUAUGCAUUUCAAAAAUUAUGUCUAACAACUGCUUGUUUUUUUUUUUUUUAUUAUCCUAAUCUAUUUUGUGGACAUUUACAAUUUAAAUUGAAGGCAGGCUUUAUAAAUUUUAUUGCAUGAUUUGUUCAACCAGUUCAUAUGCUUCACUGGCUGCCUAGUUCAAGCUUGAAUUGAUAAGAAAAUCGCUUUAUCAUAUUUUCCUGUGGCUCCUCCAUAUUUAAUAUGCUGUCUACUUUCCAUCAAGACGACUUCAUUGGCAGACCAUAGUAUCAUCCACCUGCCAAAACUUUAUACCAAAAUGUUUUGCAAGCAAUUUAUUCUUAUGCUGGACUAAAGAAACUACAAUUUUCAGUUUAAACUGUUCCGCCUGUAAGUUUUAAGAGGGUGUUAAAGACUUUCUUGCAGUGACUCCAAUCUCGCUUCUUUCAUAUUUUCCAUGGUUAGGAUGUGUGCAUUCUUGUGUUCAUGUGUUUUUUUCAUGGUGGAAUACUAUUAUUUUACACUCUUCUUGUUAUCAGUUGUCUUCUAUAUUGAUGGUUGAGUAACAUGACGAGUGGAGAGUCAGGUCACAUGCUGGGAUUCCAUGCUAUGCAAACAUCAUCUUUGCUGUACAAUGUGCCUAGGCACCGUGAUCCCGGCACGCUGAAUCACUGCCACAACCAUUUGUAUAAUGUUACACUGUAAACUAUACAGGACAUGGUUGUUAAAAUUGCUUUGAAAAUAAAAUAUUACCAGUUCA